GUGACGUGUCCUUCAGCUUGUCUGUAGCUGACGUAAGGCCACCGGGCAGCACCGCAGGUCAGGAGGCCCCAAUCCUGGUCCCAAAACGAUUCCCGGGCUUUCAACAGUGCACUGAGCUCAGCGACACCCGCGUCGGUGGGGCAUGGAGGGUGCACGCCCCAAGCCUCCCUGUGACCCCAGUUCCCCACGGCCGCCCCAGCCCCGAGGGAUAAAGAUGCUGGUCCGCUUCUUCUUCGUCCUGGUGUGCGCGGCCGCGCUCUCCGUGUUCUACGUGCUGCUGUGCCGUGAGGCCGUGGGGCAGAGGGGCGGCUCCGCGUACACCGCGCCCGCAGCGCUCAGCUUGCAGGGCUACAGCCGCGUCCCCGACGGCAAGCCGCUGCGCAGAGCUCCGUGCCGCCGCUGCGCCGUCGUCUCCAGCUCGGGGCAGAUGCUGGGAUCGCGCCUGGGCCGGGCGAUCGACGGGCAGGAGUGCGUGCUGCGCAUGAAUCACGCCCCCACCGCCGGCUUCGAGGAGGACGUGGGCACGCGGAGCACCGUCCGCGUCGUGUCGCACACCAGCGUCCCGCUGCUGCUCAGGAACCAGCCCUACUUCUUCCAGCAGUCCCGAGACACCAUCUACGUCAUUUGGGGUCCCAGCAGGAAGAUGAGCCGCGAGAAGGGCGGCCCGACGUACCGAGCGCUGCUGAAGGUGCUGGAGAUGUACCCCUACCUGCAGCUCUACACGCUGACUGAGGAGAAGAUGGAGUAUUGCGACGACGUCUUCCAGAACGAGACAGGGAAGAACAGGGUGAAAUCCGGCUCCUUCCUGAGCACGGGGUGGUUCACCAUGAUCCUGGCCAUGGAACUGUGCGAGCACAUCUGCGUCUUCGGCAUGGUCAGCGACAGCUACUGCAGGGAGAAGAACCACUCGAGUGUGCCUUACCACUACUUCGAGAAGGGGCGGCUGGACGAGUGCAGGAUGUACCUGGUGCACGAGAAGGCCCCCCGCGCCGGGCACCGCUUCAUCACCGAAAAAGCCAUCUUCUCCCGCUGGGCCAAGAGGAAGGACAUCAUCUUCACCCACCCGUCGUGGGCAGGGGGGUAGGAGCAGCUGCAAUGCGAUUGGAAGCCCCUCAGCAUGCCUGGGAUUAGGGGUCUGCAGCUGCUGGGGGGGCACCGGUGGGGACCCUGUUGCGUUGGAGUGCAUGGAAUGGGGCUGCAUCCACCGAGACCCCCCCAGCUGCAGGCCCUGAGCUGGUUUGGACCCGUGCGGGAUGGAUGUUUAAUGUGGGAUGGACCCUGAUGCUCUGGCACAUGUUGCCACAUAUGGGGCACGUGGAGUGGGGCCGGGACACCCUGUCCCACAGCCCCCACAUGUCCCCUGCCCGCAGCCCUGAGCUGCCUUGCCACAAGUGCCCUUGGAUUCAGACCAAAGCAGACUUGCCCAUUAAAAGCAUUUUUAAGUCCA